GUAGGAACCAUGAACUGGCAGUUCCAGGCCACUUGUCUUUUUCCGUUGUUCCUGAUUGGCUUCUGUCAGGAGAUCCUGAAGCCACAAAUGGUGAAGAUGGAUUGCAACAAAGGGGUGACUGGCACCAUCUAUGAGUAUGGAGCCCUCACUCUCAGUGGUGAGGAGUACAUCCAGUUCAAAAAGUAUGCUGGCAAGCAUGUCCUCUUCGUCAACGUGGCCACCUAUUGAGGCUUGACAGCUCAGUAUCCUGAACUGAAUGCACUGCAGGAGGAGCUGAAGCAUUUAGAUGUCAUUGUGUUGGGCUUUCCUUGUAAUCAAUUUGGAAAACAAGAACCAGGAAAAAACUCAGAGAUUCUCUCUGGGCUCAAGUAUGUGCGUCCAGGUGGUGGCUUUGUCCCCAAUUUUCAGCUCUUUGAGAAAGGUGAUGUAAAUGGAGAAAAAGAACAGAAGGUCUUUACAUUCCUCAAGAAUUCCUGCCCUCCAACCUCUGAACUUUUGGGUUCUUCAAAACAACUCUUCUGGGAGCCCAUGAAGGUCCAUGAUAUCCGCUGGAACUUUGAGAAGUUCCUGGUGGGGCCUGAUGGAGUCCCUGUCAUGCGCUGGUUCCACCAGAUUCCAGUCAGUACAGUCAAAUUGGACAUCCUGGAAUACCUAAAGCAGUUUGAUACCCAGUAGACAAGACUCUCUAGGUCACCUUCCUAGCCUCACUGUCCUCCAAGGAGGGCAUGCUUUGUUAAACUUGCUCUCCUUGCUUCGUUCUCCUUUAUUCCUCUGCCACUCUAUAAUUCUAGUGUAGGAUUCUGGAGACACAGUGAGAGCAAAAACCUCACCUCACAUAAAAGGAGGGGCAUUUCCAUGAUGGUGGGUCCUAAAGCCCCUCUGAGCCGGACCCCACCAGAACCUUCCUUGGUGCCUGUCCCUUAGUGCAUUCAGGUCAUGGCACCUGGGCAGGAAUGUCCUUUCAUUCUGAACAUGGGUUUUCUCCUCACUGUAAGUCUCCCCAACUUUAAGCAUAUCAUUGACACAAAUAAAAAAAAUAAAAAAAAAAUUCUGCAGCAACUUGGUUUCAAUGAUGUU